AUGAAGGUGCGCUCUCUGAUGCACUACCUGGACACCUGGCCCUACGCAGUGUUCGGGGAGAACGUGUCCCCUUACCCAUUCAGGGGCCGCAAGUUUUUAUUUGUCACGUGGACGCUCACAUUUUACGUUUGCGCUUGGUUUCUCAUAACCAGCAUUGGGGUAGUGGGUUUCAUCGAACUUGCACAGUGCUACAUCACAAUAUUCCUAAACUGCGUGGGUACGACAAGCAGUCAGUUCGAAGUGAAGGAAGACCCUCUAUUUUAUAGCUCAGAGGAAGACAAAAUGAUUAAAAAUAUACUAAUAGAAAAUAUUGAACACUACAUUAUGAUCAAUAAGUUCCUGGACAAGUACGCGGUGACUUUCGGUUCCUCGUAUUGUGCGCUCUACUUGUUCCAUCAAGAUGCCUCUUCUCUUUCUAAGUACGGAUGUCUCACUUUCAUGGUAAUGCAGCAGUUGAUACAAAUGUCCGUCGUUGUGGAACUCGUGACAUCUAAGUCCGAGAAGGUGAUGAACGCUGUGUACAGCGUUCCAUGGGAGAGGAUGUCCGCCAGCAACAGGAAGAUGGUUGCUGUGUUCCUGCUCAACGCGCAAAAUCCGAUGGAAUUCAAGGCCAUGGGCAUAGUUUCCGUUGGAGUGCAAACAAUGGCUGCUAACUGA